UUUGAUUAUUCAACCAGAUAAAUACAUACAUUUUUUGUAUCUAUACAUAGAGAGAGAGAGCGGGGAUUUAGAGAGAGAGAGAGAGAGAGAGAGAGAGAGAGAGAGAGAGAAAGAGAGUUAGUCGGCUUUGUAUUUUGUUUUUUUUCUCUCCGUUCAUUUUUCCAGACGCAGAGAGCCGGCGGCCAUGCCAGAUUCAGGCAGCGAUUCGGUUUCUAUCGACGUCGAGACCAUCUAUCUUGGCGGAAAGGAACAUAUCAUUAAGACUGGCUGUGGUUCUGUGUCUGUCAUAGUUUAUGGAGACCAAGAAAAGCCGGCUCUAAUAACUUAUCCUGAUUUAGCCCUAAAUCAUAUGUCCUGUUUCCAGGGUCUUUUCUUCUGUCCUGAAGCAUCAUCUUUGCUGCUGCACAACUUCUGCAUCUACCACAUUAGCCCUCCUGGUCACGAGUUAGGAGCUGGUGCAAUUUAUCCUGAUGAUCCUGUGCCCUCUGCGGACGAUUUAGCAGAUCAGAUACUUGAGGUUCUUAACUAUUUCGGGCUCGGUGCGGUGAUGUGCAUGGGAGUACUGGCUGGUGCUUAUAUCCUUACUUUAUUUGCUCUAAAAUUUAGGGAGCGAGUUGCCGGUUUGAUUCUUGUUUCUCCACUUUGCAAAACACCAUCUUGGACAGAGUGGUUAUACAAUAAGGUUAUGUCCAAUUUGCUCUAUUACUAUGGAAUGUGUGGCCUGCUUAAGGAGUGUUUACUACACCGGUACUUCAGCAAGGAAGUGCGUGGAAGCACAGAAAUUCAAGAAUCCGACAUUGUUCAGGCUUGCAGAAGAUUGCUUGAUGAGAGGCAGAGCAUUAAUGUACUGCGGUUUCUUCAAGCCAUUGAUAAGAGACCUGACAUAACAGAAGGAUUGAAGAAAUUGCAGUGUCGGACCCUCAUAUUUGUUGGGGAUCAUUCUCCUUUCCAUUCAGAGGCUCUCCACUUCACUUCAAAACUUGAUAGAAGAUACAGUGCUCUAGUCGAGGUACAAGCUUGUGGAUCGAUGGUGACAGAGGAGCAGCCACACGCAAUGCUGAUCCCGUUAGAGUAUUUCCUAAUGGGCUUUGGACUGUACAGGCCGAGCCAGCACACCGGAAGCCCAAGGAGCCCACUCAGCCCGUCUUGCAUCGCCCCGGAGCUCCUCUCCCCUGAAAGCAUGGGUUUGAAGCUGAAACCAAUCAAGACCCGUCUCACGUCUCAAAGUGCCAAACGCUAAAAGACACAGGUCUCAUAAUCCCCCCCCCCCUGUAAAUCCGACAACCAUAUAGGUUUUCCUUUUUCUGUCAAUUCUUUUGUUCUUGCAUGUUAAAUUUUUGGAGAUUUGANCUAGGAAAGGGAGGAGGGGCAGAUAUGGUUGUAGAUAUAGGAGCCAACAUUCUUUCAUGG